GACGCCUCCCUGACCAAAUAGCCAGCGCUCCUUAUCUCUUGGGCGAACGAAAAUGGAGCGUUCAUCAAGAUCUAACUUGUUGGGACUUUUUCAAAUGAUAAUACGGUGGAGGAAGGCCACCGAAAACAGUUGCAACUGGAACGAUCUACAUCUCUCAGUUGUUCGCAACUACUUCUCUAAGUUCUCAAGCACCUCCGACUUGGGAGAGGCCUCCAUUUUUACCAACAUCGUCGCUUCUUUCACACGAGAGCUUCGCCAUCUCUUCACGGUGCCCAGCUUUGAAAAGCUGUAUGAUGGCCACACCGACGUUAAGAGACAUCAGCUUCUGAAAGUCUUUGUGAGCUUCCUUCUUCAAUUGCUACACCUAAGAAGGGACUUGUCUUUCUGCUCAAACUGCGCUAGCUUUGACUGUCUUGACAAGGAGCUGAGGUUUCUCCUCACCGUUCUUUCCGACACAUCACUGAUGUUGUUGUGUGACGCACGUCAAGAAUUCCACAAACUCUUGGCCGGAAUUGAAGCCAUCGCAAAUGAAGCUGGAGCUUUGGUGCAUUCCUUGUUUUUCGAAUCUGCGGAAUUGGAUGAGGGGCUUGCUGCAUUUUUCGACAAUGUUCAAGUCAUGGCAGCUGGAAUCAGUGAGUUAUUGAAUUUUUUGCCUUGUAUGGGGAGAUGGGUUCCAGGGACUUGUGUGGCCGACUCGCUCCAUAUGGUCGAUUCUCUAGUUUACGAUCUCAAGGAGGGUUCCAUGAAACCGGAGGACAACGGGAUAGCUGAUCACAUCGAAAAGCUGCACCAGGGGCUCACCUCUCUGCAGUCUUGUUUCAAAGAUAUAAGGGCGCUACGGCCAUCAGAAAUUGAAGAAUUUAGAGAUCCGCUGAUGCGAAUUGGAGAUAUGGCUCAUGAAGCUGAGUAUUUGAUAAUCUCUUUUCUGGGUGGAGAUGCUCCCCUUUGGUACAUUGCCAAGAGGCUCACUGAUGUAAACAACAGGAUUCAGCAAAUGGGGACCGAGCUUCACGAGAUCACCAUGAUUUGGAGACUCAGAACUGUCCAGUGUCUUAGCAAGCAACCAGUGAUACAACCUGAAGAGAGUAGUAUCGAGGUCAAUGAUGUUGUAGUUGGUUGUGAGGAGAAGACAAGAUAUCUGUUAGAUCAUUUACUAGGUAGGUCAGAAGGCCGACAAGUUAUUUCAAUCGUUGGAACGGCUGGACUUGGCAAGACUACUUUAGCUAAGAAAUUGUACAACUACCCCUCAGUUCAAUGUUGGUUUGACAGGCUCUCGUGGUGCGUAGUUAGUCAAACAUUUCAUAAAAAGAAGGUGUUGAUUAAGCUUCUGACUGAUAUAGCGACCGAGCUAGAUGAUAAGUUGGUCUUGCAGCUGGAAGAGGAAAGUCUAGUGGAGCACAUAUACAAGACUCUGAAGAGCCGUAGGUACCUGAUUGUGUUGGAUGAUGUAUGGGAUCCAGAUGUGUGGUACGAUUUGCAGACAUGUUUCCCAGAUGAUAGGAAUGGAAGCAGGAUAUUGUUUACCAGUAGAAUCAGAGAUGUAGCUCCACCCGACACCACGAUUUAUGCAAUGCCUUGUUUGCUGAAGGACCAGUGUUGGGCGCUUUUAAGGAAGAAAGUGUUGGGUAGCAAAGCCUGCCCUCCUCAACUGCGAGCGGCUGGAAAGAAAAUUGCAGCUAAUUGCUUCGGAGUUCCACUCGCAGUAAUUGCUAUUGCUGGGAUUCUUUCAUCCACGGACUUGGAGGAGCAAGCGUGGGAACGAGUAGGAGGAAAUGUUGCCUCGUGUAUUUUUGAUGGUGGAAGCAAUUCAGUAAUGCGAGUUCUGGAGCUCAGUUACAAGCAUUUACCAGAGCAUCUCAAGGCAUGCUUUCUUUAUUUUGGGGCAUUUAGAGAAGACGAAGAAAUCUCAGUUAGAGAGGUGACGAGACUGUGGGUGGCUGAAGGAUUCGUUCAUAAGGUAGGUGACAAGGGUGUGGAGGAUAUUGCUGAGGAGUAUUUGAUUGAGUUAGUUGACAAAAGUCUUGUCAUGGUUGCUAAACGGAGAUCAGACGGCGGAGUCAAAUCUUGUACUCUACAUGAUUUAUGGCGCGACUUGUGCUUCAGAAGAUCUACUGAAGAUAACUUAUUGAAAUCUGUUAAGAGCAAUGAUAACUUAAUAAGCGAGAGAGGCUACCGUCUUAAAGCGCUCCAACACUCGUCGACAUCCUACUAUUGCCAACACGUACGGUCUUUCCAUGGACGCGGUUUAAUCUCGACGUUCUAUGUUCGUGACAUGAGAUCACUCCGAGUGUUGAGUUUCUACUAUUGUUAUAGGCCAAUAUAUUUUAUGGGAGUGCAGUAUCUAGUGAACUUGAGAUACCUGGUUAUCACUUACUUGCCGCCAUCUAUAGGCAGGCUUACCAAUCUGGAGUAUCUCCGCGUGGAGACAGAGGAGGAAGUGCACCUUCCUCCCGCAGUGAUGAAGAUGCUCAAGUUGAGAUGCAUCCACGUCAACACCGAAGCAAUAUACGACAAACACUGCAGUAGCUCCGAGAGGAACAAUAUAGAAUCCCUGUCGCGUGUGCGGAUCAGCAGGUUCGAGCACCAAGAGAUGCUCAAGAGUUCGCCCCAUCUCAGCAGACUCAAAUGCUGGUACGACGCGUACCAGCAUUUCGAUCUCCGCUUCCUCGCACACCUCGACUCGCUCACGGCAAGAUUCUGGCCUAAUAUGAAGGAAUUUGAGUUCCCCUACAACAUCAGGAAGCUGAGCCUACACGGUUCCAAGUUUUCAAGUGAGAAGAUGUCGAUAGUUGGGAAACUUAAACAGCUAGAAGUUCUCAAAUUGCGAUCUUGGGCAAUGGUGGGCCAAGCAUGGGAGACGAGAGAUGGUGAAUUCCAACAACUUAGAUUCUUGAAAUUGGAUAGAAUAGGCAUCUCUGAAUGGAAGGUGGAAUCGACCGAACAUUUCCCUAAGCUUCAAAAAUUAGUGUUGAGCUAUUGCCCCAAUCUGGAAGAGAUUCCAACCGAAAUCGGAGAAAUCGGGCCGCUGGUGAUGAUUGAGGUGAGAGGGCAGUGCCUGGACUCACUCGUUGAAUCGGCAAGGAUAAUUCAUCAAGAACAACUGGAUAUCGGAAAUGACGAUCUCAGCCUCGUCAUUUCCACUUACUAAUUUCCACUUAUUUGUUACAAAACAAAUGAGUAUGCACUUUUAUUUCACCAUGUAUUGACAGAAAAGAAUGUUCAUAUGAUUAAAAGAACUCUUAAUUGAAAACAUAUUUUAGAAUGAAAUUCGGCCAAUUAAUAACA